GCGGAAGCGGAGUGAGUGACUUGCUGGUGACUAAUGUCGUAACCGGGGGGCAAGUGGGGGCCGCGACGCGUCCCCCAGAGGGAGCGAUCAGGGCUCCAGGGCGGGCGGUGCAGGGCUGAGGAGAGCCGCGGACCAUGAUUUAAGGACCACAGUACAGCUAUGGAUAGUGAGCCAAACUCUGGAACAUCCUCUGUGUCAACAACGGCCAGUAGCACCACCACCAUCACCACUUCCUCCUCUCGAAUGCAGCAGCCACAGAUUUCUGUCUAUAGUGGUUCAGACCGACAUGCUGUACAGGUAAUCCAGCAGGCAUUGCAUCGUCCCCCCAGUUCGGCCGCUCAGUACCUGCAGCAGAUGUACGCAGCUCAGCAGCAGCACUUGAUGCUGCACACCGCGGCUCUGCAGCAGCAGCAUCUGAGCAGCUCGCAGCUCCAGAGCCUCGCUGCCGUGCAGGCAAGUUUGUCCAGUGGAAGACCAUCUACAUCCCCUACAGGAAGUGUCACACAACAGUCAAGUAUGUCCCAAACAUCUAUCAACCUGUCCACUUCUCCUACACCUGCACAGUUGAUAAGUCGUUCCCAGGCUUCCAGCUCUACCAGUGGUAGUAUUACCCAACAGACUAUGCUCCUAGGGAGUACCUCCCCUACCUUGACGGCCAGCCAAGCCCAGAUGUAUCUCAGAGCUCAGAUGCUGAUUUUCACUCCCGCUACCACUGUGGCUGCUGUCCAGUCUGACAUACCUGUUGUCUCGUCGUCAUCGUCAUCUUCCUGUCAGUCCGCAGCUACUCAGGUUCAGAAUUUAACAUUACGCAGCCAGAAGCUGGGCGUGUUGUCUAGCUCACAGAAUGGUCCACCAAAAAGCACUGGUCAGACUCAGUCAUUGGCAAUCUGCCAUAACAAAACAACAGUGACAAGUUCUAAAAUCAGCCAACGGGAUCCUUCUCCAGAAAGCAGUAAGAAGGGAGAGAGCCCCAGUUUGGAGCCACGCAGCACUGCUGUCACGCGGACAUCAAGCAUUCACCAGUUAAUAGCACCAGCUUCAUAUUCUCCAAUUCAACCUCAUUCUCUAAUAAAACAUCAACAGAUUCCUCUUCAUUCACCACCACCUAAGGUUUCCCAUCAUCAGCUGGUAUUACAGCAGCAGCAGCAACAGCAGAUUCAGCCAAUAACCCUUCAGAAUCCAACUCAAGACCCACCCCCAUCCCAGCACUGUAUUCCACUCCCAAACCAUGGCCUUUCUCCAGCUCCCAGUAAUGCCCAGUCACAGCAUUGUUCGCCAAUUCAGAGCCAUCCCCCUCCCUUAACAGUGUCUCCUAAUCAGUCACAGUCUGCACAGCAGUCUGUAGUGGUGUCUCCUCCACCACCUCAUUCCCCUAGCCAGUCUCCCACUAUAAUUAUCCAUCCACAAGCACUUAUCCAACCACACCCUCUUGUGUCCUCAGCUCUUCAGACAGGGCCAAAUUUGCAGCAGGCUACUGCUAAUCAGGUGCAGCCGACAGCACAGCUGAAUCUUCCAUCCCACCUUCCGCUUCCAGCAUCCCCUGUUGUACACAUUGGCCCGGUCCAACAGUCCGCCUUGGUGUCCCCUGGUCAGCAGAUCGUGUCUCCAACAUCACACCAGCAGUAUUCUACCCUGCAGUCCUCUCCAAUUCCAAUCACAACCCCUCCACAGAUGUCGGCCUCUCCUCCAGCCCAGAUCCCACCACUGCCCUUGCAGUCUAUGCAGUCUUUACAAGUGCAGCCUGAAAUUCUAUCCCAGGGUCAGGUUUUGGUGCAGAAUGCUUUGGUGUCAGAAGAGGAACUGCCUGCUGCCGAAGCUUUGGUCCAGUUGCCAUUUCAGACUCUUCCUCCUCCACAGACUGUUGCAGUGAACCUCCAAGUACAGCCACCAGCACCCGUUGAUCCACCAGUGGGAAUGCAUUUGAACCAGUGUCAUCUGCACAAAGUUUUUUCUCUUAAGGUUUAUCAAGUAGAAGAUGUGUGUGAGGAAGAAAUGCCAGAGGAGUCAGAUGAAUGUGUCCGGAUGGACAGAACCCCACCACCACCCACUUUGUCUCCUGCAGCUAUUACUGUGGGGAGAGGCGAGGAUUUGACGUCUGAGCAUCCUUUGUUAGAGCAACUGGAAUUGCCUGCUGUGGCCUCAGUCAGUGCUUCAGUAAUUAAGUCACCAUCAGAACCUGCCCACGUCUCUGUUCCUCCGCCUCCACUCUUAAUUCCAGCUGCUGCCACGAGGAGUCCCAGCACAUCUCUCCCCAGCAGCAUCCCCAGCCUGGAGAACAAACCUCCACAGGCGAUUGUGAAACCACAAAUCUUGACCCACGUGAUUGAAGGUUUUGUGAUUCAGGAGGGACUGGAGCCAUUUCCUGUGAGUCGUUCAUCUUUGCUCAUAGAACAACCUGUGAAGAAGAGGCCUCUUUUGGAUAAUCAGGUGGUAAAUUCCAUGUGUGUCCAGCCAGAGCUACAGAAUAAUACGAAGCAUGCGGAUAACUCUUCCGACACGGAGAUGGAGGACAUGAUUGCCGAAGAGACAUUAGAAGAGAUGGACAGUGAGUUGCUCAAGUGUGAAUUCUGUGGGAAAAUGGGAUAUGCUAAUGAAUUUUUGCGGUCAAAACGAUUCUGCACUAUGUCAUGUGCCAAAAGGUACAACGUUAGCUGUUCUAAAAAAUUUGCACUUAGUCGUUGGAACCGUAAGCCUGAUAAUCAAAGUCUCGGGCAUCGGGGCCGUCGUCCAAGCGGCCCUGAAGGGGCGGCACGAGAACAUAUCCUUAGGCAGCUUCCAAUUACUUAUCCAUCUGCAGAAGAAGAUUUGCCGUCCCACGAAGAUUCCGUGCCCUCUGCUAUGACAACUCGUCUGCGCAGGCAGAGCGAGCGCGAGAGAGAGCGUGAGCUUCGCGACGUGAGAAUCAGGAAAAUGCCCGAGAACAGCGACUUGCUGCCGGCCACAACGACGGAGCCCUCCAUAUGGACGGUGGACGACGUCUGGGCCUUCAUCCGCUCCUUGCCCGGCUGCCAGGAUAUUGCAGACGAGUUCAGAGCACAAGAGAUUGAUGGACAGGCUCUUCUCUUGCUAAAAGAAGACCAUCUCAUGAGUGCAAUGAAUAUCAAGCUGGGCCCUGCCCUGAAGAUCUGUGCACGCAUCAACUCUCUGAAGGAAUCUUAACAGGAACCCAAGGCUUUGAUGUAACCCCACUUUUCCUCUUUCUAACAGACUUGUAAGGUAAAGGUCUGAGCUGGCUGGGAAUAGUGGACAUGUGAAGGCCCAGCACAUUGGGAUCUCCACAUCCAGGGCUGACAUUUCUUCUGCACAUACAGUAACUCAUCCACUCUCAUAAUUAGCCAAUACUGGUGAAGUUAAUUUUACUGAUAACAUGCCCCAUUCAAAGACUUAUUACAGAGGCCCAUAUUUUUCAAACAAAUAUGCUAUACUAGAUAAUUUUUCAAAGGUGUUUAUCAUUAAUAUAAAGAAUCCUUUUAAAAAUAAUUUAAUGAUUUACAUUUCCCCUCCUUUGUUUUUUUAUACAUUUUUAUACCCUGUUAGUUUUCUAAAGGUUUUCAUAGAGAUAUGGAAUGAUGUAGGAGCCCAGUGACAGAAUUAAAUGCAAUGAAAUAAUCAG